AAUAAAAUUAAAUUUUUCUUCAUUUUCAUCUGUUUACAACUUCAAAUCCGACUGUUACAUGACAUGUCUUAAAUAUACACGACAACAAAAAUCGCAUUUAAGAUCCAAGCUGCGAAAAGAAGCCAAAAACAUAUGGCAAAAUACACAAAUUAUGGUAAUUUAAUUCAAACUAUCUCCAAUUUUUUGCAAAGAUACAAAUCAGUGUAGCUUCAGCCACCGGCAAGAUAAAAAGUUUUAAAAAAAUGUUCAGUGAAAUUUUACUAGCCGCGCAAAUUUCAUUUCCUUUCUUGUUUAUUCUCAUGAACAAAUAUAAAUCGAAAAUACCAAACUUAAAUGGAAAAGUUGCUCUCGUUACGAACGGAUCUAACGGACUUGGUCAAAAAAUCUGCAUAAGUUUGGCGCAAUACGGUUGCAACAUCAUCAUUGCUGACAUUUUGCCAGCCGAUGAAACAUUGAAUAAAUUACAGCGAUACAAUGUGAAGGCAAAGAGCUUUAAAGUUGACAUCUCGAAUCAACAAGAAGUCUUAAAAUUGAAGACUGAUGUGAUAAAUGAGUUUGGAACUGUCGAUAUUCUAAUUAAUAAUGCUACGACAGUUUCAUAUGAGACAGUCUUUAAAAAUUCUAGUGAAGAUGUUGAUGUGAUGCUGGAGGGGAAUGUUUGUGCUGUGGAAAAUAUGACAAAUUGUUUUGUCGAAACAAUGAAGGAGAGCGGCUGUGGCUACAUAAUGACAAUUUCGGGAGCACCGGGAAUGGAUGCACAUCCUUUCUCAACUGAUAAUUCAUAUGUUAAAUUUAGAAUUAUGCAUUUUAUGACUGAAUUGAGAGAGUCAUUGAAGUGUCAAAAAUUUGGAGGAAUUAAAAUUGUUUGUUCCUCGCCAAAAAUGGGUCCAUUUGAGCCUGAUGUGACACAUUUUAUGAAGGCUGAAGAGUACAUUAAGAUGAUUAGGUUGGAAGCUGAGUCUGAUUCAUUCAUGUCAUCAAUAAAAAUGCAAUAUGCUGAAGUAGCUUGAAGUUGCUGUGGUCAAAUUAAAGUACAAGUUUUAUUUGCAAUGGAACUGAUGAAACGACAAUGUUAAGUCAUAUUUUUAAUUUAUUGUUUUGUUACUACUAG